AUGAUUGUUGACAAGUGUGGCCAGAGUGCGAUGCACCCUUCAUGGAAGCAUUCCAAUCGCAUCUAUUCUAUCCUUCGAUUCAACUACAUCGUGUUCCCCUGUACCCUAUUACUAACUUUCUUUGGGCUUAGAAGCUUGGUGAGUUAUACUGGAUACUAUGCCGAAGCAACGGAUGGCGGUUGGACCAGGUCAGCAACUAUUCAUGCUUCAAUUACUGCUCUGUUUUUCUUUCUUCAAAUCCCUCCAUAUGCCAAUACACUAGGGCUGUGUCUACCCAUGCAGCCCUUCAAAUAUUCGAAGGGCCCGAAGACAAGGCGACUCGGCACUUUGAGGGUUUGCCUCGUCACGAAGGGAACCAACAUACAGGCCGCGAUUAACUCUGCACGCUGCUGGGAUGUCCUCAGUCAUCGCAACCAUCCUUCCGUCACAUUCCAUGUACUCGUCGACAACGACAACGGCGACGAGUUUCGCCAACACCUACCUUCAUAUAUCCAGGUAGACCAGGUACCAAAGCAUGUACCCUCCAAAAGGGCUAUGUACAAAGCACGUGCAUUGGAACAUUUCCGACAAAAAUAUAAAUUAUCGAAAGAGGACUGGGUACUGCAUCUUGACGAGGAAUCUGAGAUCGAUGAACAUGUCAUGGUACAGUCAUUGAAUUUCAUUGAGCGAGGUACAGCUCAAUUCGGAAAUGGUACAAUCUAUUACACGUCAGUCAACCAUUGGACGAACACAUUCCUGUCAGCAGCAGAGGUUGUUCGGCUGGCAGAGGAUUACGGACGAUUCCACUUCCCUUUUAAGAUAUUCGGUCGCCCAUUACUCGGCUGGAUCCAUGGAUCAUGGAUGUUAAUUAAUGGAGAAGUCGAAAACACCAUCAAGUGGGAUACUGAUAAUGUCUGCGAAGAUUAUUGGUUUGGCUAUCAUGCCGCCAAGCACGGAUUCAAAUUCGAAUGGGUGCACGCGCUGUUCCGCGAACAACCACCAGUUAGCAUGAUGGACUUUUGGAGGCAGCGUCGUCGGUGGUAUACGGGGAUCUGGAGUUUGAACAGGAUGACUGUACGUCUAGCUCUAAUAGCAGCGGGAUUGGGUGGAGUUGGGAUUUUCAUAUUCCCUUUCAUCGGAGUGUUCGGAAUUCGUGUGACUGUGCCACAUUGGUAUUGGUAUUGGAUGCUAUUCAAUGACGCCACAGCCAUUCAUGCGUUAGUUGUGGCUGGAGUUCUCCAAGAUCUCAGUGUUGCAAACAUCUCCAUUAUAUCUAUUUGCUACCAUGCCAUCACGUCGCUGGUACUAUCACCAUUCGCACACAUUCUACAAACAAUGGCCCUGUUCACAGCACUAGCUGUUCCUUCAAAGGGUUAUUGCGUCAUUGACAAGUCUUAGACCAGCACCAGAGUAUUAUUCGGUGUGCUUUAGUGCGGAUUCAGGGCGGGUAGG